UAACCUGAAAAAUAAAUGGUUCAACAUAAUACCUACUGUAAUGCCUAUUAUUGUUGAUCUAUUUGCAAAUUGUGAUUUUUCGACUUUAAAGUUUAGUCGCCAGAGGUUUUCAUCGGAGCAUUGUUCGGCUUCCGGCGGAAGACCUAAAACUACCGACACCCACCUUAAGACGUCCGACAGCCGUAUAAUCAUGAACCGGCCUAUUUGGACAUUGCCUUUAAGCAAGCACACGAUAAAUAAACUAGAUAAACUUGGAUACAAGUGUUGUGAAGAUUUGAUCGAUUCACUUGACGAUCCUGAAAAGAAAUCAAAGGUUUUACGAAAACAUAUGGAAUCAGAAUCUGAAAUCCGUGAUAUGCUGAAAACUCCUAAAUACAAGACUGCUGCAGAAUUAGAUAUUGAACGUGAUAGUAUUGCUACGUUCUGCAAGUCCAUCGACGAACUUUUAAACGGCGGUGUUCAAGUUGGACGGAUAACAGAAUUGUCUGGAGCUCCAGGCUCGGGUAAAAGUCAAUUAAGCAUGCAACUCUGUGUAUCCGUUCAAAUACCGGUGUGUUUUGAAGGACUACAAGCUGAAGCAAUUUAUGUCGAUACAAACUCAAAUUUUUCCGAACUUCGGUUAACAGAAAUGAUCGACGCUUUCCUCGGCCAUGUGUCUAAAGUAUUAUCGGGACCCAUCGAUUUCAAAGGAGCAGCCAAUAGCGAGUUGCUAAAGAGUCUGACCACCGCUAGCAUGCUGAGUAAAAUACACAGGGUUCAAAUGAAUGACCUAAACCAGCUGUACGCUUUGUAUACGACUCUCGAACGUCAUCCGAACGUGAAAUUAAUUGUGGUGGACAGUUUCGUCAUGCCGCUGUACCAGGUGGAAAAUUCGCUGAGAAAGAAUACGCUGGUCCACAGCGCUCUGGAUCUAUUGCAAACCAUCGCUUGCGAACACGAUCUGGCUGUGGUGCUUACUAACGAUCUGACAACCGCAAUCACCGAAAACGGAGCAGAAGUCUUUCCGGCGUUAGGUGAAUCGUUCGGUCAUCGUGUUCAAUAUAGACUUCUGCUGAGCAAAAUUCCCAACCGACCUAACGAGUACGCAGCGCUCCUGAAGAAAAGCGUCGAACACGGUCGUUCCGCUGCUCGGUUUACAAUUUCAUCGAACGGAGUGCGUGAUCUGCCUUCGGAAGAAUCGUCGCAAUAGACGAAGGAAUGAUCGGAAAUUAAAAAAAAAUAUAUGAUGUUCCAUACAUUUAUUGUAAUACAGUGAUAAUUAUACAUAGGUACGCAUAGUAUAAAUUAUAAAUUAAAAUAAUAUUUGUACAGAAAUAAAAUAAACUACAUAAUAAUAAUAAUAAUAAAAAUAAAUUAUCAAAAAUA